CACCAACAUCUGACAUCAUAUCUGAUUGUCAGCCACCGUGACUGCAGUGCACCUGCACAGUGACAAAAGGUGUUGCUGUUAGUGUUGAGAAAGAUCGUCAGAUGUAUAUAUAACAACGCGUUGGAAAAAUUUAUUUAUUGUUAAGGCAGUGCAAUAGAGACACAAGUGAUUAACAAGAAAAAAAAGACUGACAAUCGAUUAGAUUAACAUAAAUUACAUAGAGAUGUUUCGUGAUGGCCAAUACUUGGAAGUAAUUAAGGCUUCGGAUAAUUGUUUAGCUACGGCCGUCGUGACCGUUCAAGAGAAGACGAUAAGGAUUAAAGAGAAAACGGUCUCAACUAACAAAUGGCUCGGUCUCGAGGACUGGGCAGCGUUGUACAAGAUUUUGGAAAAGGCAAUUUUGCGGAACAAGGGAUCGCCAUGGGACCAUAAAAAGCACAAAUGGAAAAAAUCCACUCGUCAGUUAGAUAUCACAUAUACGUUCGAGCAACCAGAGAGUACAAGGAAUGUUCCAGCUUUACCUACAAUCAGAGUGAAUGUAUCACCUGCGAAAAGAAAAGUGGACAAAGCAAACGAGAAAGAUUCCACUCGACAAAGGGACAAUAAGGAUGAGCCUGUAUCAAAGAAAUCGGAGAACGAUAAUUUAUCGAGGAAGGCACAGAAGAAUGCGAAAAACGAUAGGAUUAAGAGAUAUUUACCGAUUGAUAGCAUAGAAAAUGGCACGUUGGAAGAAUAUGUACCAGACGGUCCUGUUACGAAAAAGUUAUGCGCGAACUUGAACUAUAUACCGAGCAGAAAGAGUACGUUGGAACAGAUCCAAGUAUCUUUGAAUGAAUACACUCCUAGCGUAUCAGAUAAUAAAAGCGUGGCGGAAGUGGCCCGAUAUGUUCCGAAUUCUGUGGAUUCGUCUAAAGUGUCUUACGAAGUCUACGAGCCUAGCGGCACGCCAGCUGUAAGCCACCUCGAUGAGUACGUACCUAAUUCGAAAGGGGUCAAAGCUUCCGUCGAGGAAUAUCAUCCCGAUUUCACUAGUAAAUCGAUGAAGUUCGAUGACAGUUACGUACCAUCGAGCGUGCAAUUGACAAAUGAAAAUUCAAAAAGACAGAAAACAGUACAUUCGGAAAGGCCCAGGUUGAGCCAAAGGCAUUAACUCAAUUUACGACUCUAUUCGACAAAACUACUUUUUACAGAGUGGAUAUACAAUAAAAUAUAUUAUAUUAUUUCUGAAAAAUGGAAAAUACAAUUAUCUUCUCUUGAAAGACAAUGGACAAGAUAAUUUCUUAUACGGACGUGCGUGUACAAUAAAUAUUAUUUUAAUAAAAUGAUAUCAUAUUUUCAGUAAAAA